AUGUCUAGCUCAACAGUGAUCCCAACCUUCACCAACCCAUGCAUCGCCAGCUUCAUCACCAAAGGGUCGACACAAGUCUACCUCGCAGGAGUUUCGGACGUUACCAACGGACAACUUGAAGUCUACGUCGUCGAUAUCGCCAACAUCCAGACCCCUCUCUCGACCAAGGCAGUUUCGAGCCUCAACGCCCUCUACUGGAAGAACAACGUCCCAAAGGCCUGUUCAACCUACCCGGGCGACACCAACGCCAGCACGGCUGCAUUGCAUUUCCAGCAGUUUGGUCCUUUUACCUCAUACGAUUCCAACAUUCUUACGACUGGAGUCGUCGAGGCCCCUUCGCGGUUUGAUACAUUCGCAUGGAUGUCACCCAAGAACUUUGCCAUUGUGGGCAAUGCGGGGCCUAUUGCCUAUGUUGCGGCCUUGACCAACCAGACUACCCUUGCUACCAGCUCUCCUUGGGUCGGGAUUCGUCUCAACGGAACCAGUGGACUCUUUGGAACCAUGAACACUGGGAUGAAGACGUUCCCUGUCUCGACUCCUCUCCUCUCCCUCGGCACUUACGUCCCCAGCGCAGUUGCACCCGCCAGCGGAUAUCUGACCGUCUUUGACAACGCUGGCUCAGGAAGGGUCUACGCCGCCACUGGAUACGACAAGUCGAACCCCUUGAUCACCGACCUGCUCGUCCUUGGCGUCACUCAAACUGUCGACAUGAACAACAUUAAGUUGACCUCGGACGCCAUCCCCGUCAACAUUGGCACAACCGGUUAUAUUCUUGACAAGGCAACUGAUGGAAGCACGAUCGUGUACUCCAUCAACCCAGGUCAGUCCAACAAGCUGCAGGUCGUCACCACCACUGGCGACGUCUUGCCCUUCUCCGCCAACAUCGCAGCCACCUCCCAGAACUCCCAAAUCAUCACUUACCGCGUUGUCGGAACCACAGCCUCGUUCAACAGCUUCGACACAAUAACAGGGACGUGGGCAGGCAUUGGAUUGAAGGCUGCUCCAGCCCGACCCUCCUCCUCAGGAAACCCUUCAACGCCCGGAGGCAACAACGGUGGCAAUGGCAACGGCAGCGGUAAUAGUGUUUCUGGCAGUGAGAAUAAGGGUGCACCUAUUGGAGCUAUUGUAGGAGGUGUUGUUGGUGGUUUGGUCGUUAUAGCUCUGGUCGCCUUCUUGUUCAUCCGCAGCCGUCGUCAGAAGAAGAAGGCUGACGCUCCCGUUGUCCCUACCUACUAUGCUGAGACUUCCCAGCAACCAGGAGCAGCACCAGGAGCGGCAGCAGCAGCCCUUCAGGCCCCCACCCCCGCCUACCAGGAAUCGCCUUAUGUCACCGCACCUCAGUUCAAACCUCAACAGCAACAGUUCCAACCACAGCAGCAGCAACAACAGUUCCAACCUCAGCAACAACAACAACAACAGUUCCAACCACAGCAGCUGCAACAGCUCCAACCUCAGGUCUUCCAACAACAACAACAAGUACAACCACAGCAGGCACAGCCAGGAUACGCCGACCCCCGCUUGUCCUACAAUCCAUACUCUGCACCCCCCAAUCAAUUACCCACUGUCCAGCAACUGCCUACUGGCCAAAACCCCAACAUCUUUCAAGCCCACCAGUCAGUCUACUCCAUCCCGCCCGCUCAGAGCCAACAGGCCUACGUCUACCCACCCGGAACGCAGCCUGGAAGCAUCCCUUCGCAGGGCACUUCGCCUUCACAUUACCAGUUGCUGCCUACUGGUUCUUCUCCUGGCGCCUCAGUAGGCAGCCCCUCCCAGACUCCUGUUGUUUACACUCCCCCUACUGUUACUGGGUACCACCACCCCUCUCAGUAA